UGCUCCUCGUAUAGGGGCCACUUCUGUGUUGCUUUCGUCCUAGCCCAGGAACCAAUAGGCGGGCUGCUAAGCUGUUGCCAUGGUCACGCUGUAAAUUAAUGGGGCGCAAGCACUAGGCAACAGAGACUCCACAAAGCUGCUCCAGCUCCCGGGCUCAUAAAGGUUCCAGCAUCCGCACUCCUGGAGACACCAGCCGCGCCAGGAUUCCACGAGCACCCGGCAUGAAUCGAAAGAAGCUGCAGAAAUUGACAGAAACUUUAACUAAAAACUGCAAGCAUUUUAAUAAAUUUGAAGUGAACUGUCUUAUAAAGCUUUUCUAUAAUUUGGUGGGAGAUGCAGCCGAGCGCCCAGGGGUGCCCAUUGGACUAGAUCGCAAUGCAUUUCGGAACAUUCUGCACAUGACAUUUGGAAUGACAGAUGACAUGAUUAUGGACAGAGAUUGCUUUGAAGUGUUUGAUUUGAAUGGUGAUGGCUUCAUUUCAAAGGAGGAAAUGUUUCACAUGCUGAAGAACAGCCUUCUCAAACAGCCAUCUGAGGAAGAUCCUGAUGAAGGAAUUAAAGAUUUGGUUGAAAUAGCACUUAAGAAAAUGGACUAUGACCAUGAUGGGAAGCUAUCUUUCGCAGACUAUGAGAAAGCUGUGAGAGAAGAGGCUCUUCUUCUGGAAGCCUUUGGACCAUGUCUGCCUGAUCCAAAGAGCCAAAUGGAAUUUGAAGCCCAAGUAUUCAAAGACCCAAAUGAUUUCCAUGAUAAUAUGAAUCCCUAAGUAUGUUUUAAGUGAGUACAAAAAAGAGUGCACACCUAGUUUACUUUCUCCAUUUAGCUGAAUAAUGCUUGGGGGUGGGGAUAAGGUUUACUUACAUAUAUCACUUAAUGUUAUAUGAGGUGCAGGUAACACAGCUAGGAGAUAAGAAGUUCCUUACUAGGGAGACAAAAAGUUCCUUACUAGCUGCUGGGUGUGGCAAGACAAGUUAACAUUUUUCGAGAUAUUUUGUCAAAGUUUAUCUGUUGAAAUGCAAAACAGUCAUAAGACAUCUAGAUUCAUUAAAUUAAUGGGCAAAUUAUAUAAUCACUAAUUAUGAAUACAAAUGUGCUUCCUGUCAGAAAGAGUUUGGAUAUUCCCCGAAAAAUCAUGGAAACUGCUGAAUUUUUGUAGCAAUGAAUAAUUAAGAUAAUAUCAAAAGAGUAAUAACACUGGCAUUUAGCAUUGAAAUAUCUUUAUCACUAGGUUUUGGAUGAGAUACAGACAGACCAAAGAUACAUGGAGCCUACUUUAAUAUGACAUAAACUAUUAUGUGAGAAUCUGCCUUAACAACCUUACCAAUCUGUAAGCUUCUAAGGGCAGGGAUUUUAUCCACACACAUCUUUAUAUCUGCCCUAGCAGUUAGUCCUCUGCAUGCACAGGACAUCCAAUGAAUACAAUGGUCUGGAUUGAAAACUGAAAAGUACCUUAAGAUAAAUGCAAAUUCUUGAUGAGCAGUAAAAGAGGAACAUUCUGUUUCUUGGGCUUUAUGGAAAAUGCAGUGACACAGCUUUCAGUUAACCUCUAGAGUCAUUCGGACCCUUACCCCCACUGAAGCCAGGUGUCAGAGCCCUCUCUACCUCUGCUCCCAGGGUCUCCACCUUACCCUGCUUGGGGAACCCACACCACAGCUUGAGUGCACUACAGGGCCACAGUCCCUCUGCUACCUAGAUUCCUCUUGUGCACACCUUAAUCCUGAAGACAAAAACUGCUUCCUUCUGCAUCCAACUCUCCAACAGGUACUGUGGGCAUCAGGUGGAGCAUGAGAAAGACUCAGCCUAGUUAGGUUUGUGGAGCUACUUGCUGCCUCUUUAGUAAACUGAGAAAAACAUUAUAUCUGUUCACAAUAUGCACAGACAUAUAGGUAGAAAAUACUUUCUGUGACUAUACAUGCGUUCAUCAUUAAGUUUAAUCAAAAGAGUAAUUUUGUGUGAAAAGACAGAAUGUUACUUAGAAAUGAGGUAAGAAAUUCUGUGAAAUAGAAAUAUUUUGCAGUGUAAAUGUUUUCUAUAUAAAUGAGCUUCAACACAAUUAUUAUUCUAUCUGCAGUAGAUAUA